CCAACCAAAGACGACAAGCAUUAGAGGACUACUCAUGUCGCAGCAGAAACACCAGCAACAGGCAAGAACAUUCCAUUACAAGUACGUCGAUUACAUAAAGACGCUAGCCCUGCUCGUGGCGAACUCGAGUGGGAUCGCGGAUCUUUCCGAACAAAACGUCAUUGCAGGCGCUGAGCAAAUAGCUACCUUCGAAGCAGAAUUAUUUGGAAUACUCGAGGCUCCUGGAAAAUCGGACAUUUAUCGUCCCGUGGUUCUCAGAAAGUUUCAAAAUGUCACAGACCAGUUUGCGAAGAAUAAGUCUCAUGGGAUUGACUGGGUCAGUAUCAUAAACAAAAUGCAUCCCGAGAAAACGUUGGUAUCCGCCGACGAUGUGGUCGAUGUCUCUACGGUCGGUUAUUUUACAAAACUCAUGCAAUUGUUGCAUAAGACGCCUUUGCAGACAAUAGUAAACUACCUCCACUGGAGAUUCGUUAGUCAAUUUCUUCCGUACACCAGCAGUAAUUUAAGAAAUUUUUACUUCGGAAUGCAGAAUUUUAUGGAAGAUCCCAUUAAAAACACUCCCAGAUGGAGAUUGUGUGGGUUCGAGCCUUCCUUCGACCCCGUCAUUUCUUUCGUAUUUGCCAAUGCAUUCAUAACAGAAGAAGUCGAAAAUUGUGCAAACGAGGUACUAAAAAACGUCAAACAAGCGACCGUAAGGACGAUAAGAAGUUCGGUUUUGCUCAGUGAUGUCGAAAAAUUACGAGCAGAAAAUAAAGUCUCUGCCAUGAAUUUUGUCCUGGGCAUUCCGGAAUCUUUGAAAAAUUUUUCAGUAAUAAGUGACUACUACAAAGAGCUAUCAAUAUCUGAAGAUUAUUUCGAGAAUUUAUUAAUUUUGCGACAUUUUUACAAAAUGAAGGAAUUCGAAGUCAUAAAAACACCUCACUAUGUACCAACGUCAAAUAAAAAUUUCUUUAAAAUCACAACCAUAAGCAGUAUUGGUUCGGCCUACGAGUUUUUUGAAAAUCGCGUUCUAAUCAAAGUGGAAAAUCUUGUGGCCCCGUUGUUCGAUCCAGCCUAUCCAGAAUACAAGAAGUAUGGGAUAUUGGGUUUUGUCAUCGCUUAUGAAAUAAUGCAUGCUUUCAAUGAUGCAGACUCCAUUGGAAUCGAGAGGCCACGCAGACAUUUAUACUCCGAGCAAACAAGGCUGAAAUACUGGAGCAAGCACGAGUGCUUUAUGAACCAGUACGACAAGUAUUAUAUUUCUCACCCACUUAAUUCAGAGCGGAAUUUAUACGUCGACGGUGAAAGAUCAGCGUUGGAAAAUAUCGCCGAUUCGUCGGCUAUUCAAAUAGCCAUGCAAGCUUACCACGAUAGUCACAACAAAAAACAAGUAGACCCAUCCGAGGAGAACGACAAAUCCUUUUUCUCGUCAUUCGCUAGUCUUCUAUGCCGGCCGGAGCUCGAGGCAUUUUAUCUGAGCCGCUUCAAUUUUGCUUUACGGACACUGCCUCGAUUUCGCGUCGUUGGUUCUUUAGCAAACAUUGACGAGUUUGCCCGGACGUUUUCUUGCUUGAAAAACACCCAAAUGAAUCCUGCCAUCAAGUGCAAUUUUUGGAAUUAA